AUGAAUGAAAUUAAUUUAAUAACAACUGAAAAUAAUAUCUUUAAUUGUGAACAAUCUUGUUGUAAUAAUUCAACAAAAGAUAUAAAUAAUAUUGAAUCAGUGAUCACUGUAUGGAUACACAAUACAUCAAUAAAUAAAAAUGAAAAUUUUGAUUUAAUUGAAUCUAAUAUUGAAAAUAGUUCCCAUCUAUUGAAAACCUUUUAUGAUCAACCAACACUAUGUGAAGAAUAUAUUCAAAAAUAG